AUGGCGACGCGUGAAGUGACCUACAACUCUCGUUUUGAAAGUGGCUGGGUGGCGUAUGACAUAUGGUAUACAACGCGACUCCAGAGUCGAUUGCUUAGUAGCGAGGCCUGGCAUAUGAACGAAAUGACUCCUCGCUGGACGAGUGAAGUAGGCACUCAUAGCUGGGCUAUGAAUAGCAGCAGCAUCUGUAUCUGUACGCGUAGCUUCAGGUGCGACACUGAGGGCAGGGUGGGCAGGUACUUUCUCAUUCCUGCCCGUCUUUCCAGCCCGCGGGCAGAGCUUGACUGGCCAGGACAUCCCACUCUUUCCGCCCACAGACACGACACGCCGUUUGCCCCGGCUCCUUGCCCAGCUGGAUUUCAAGUUCAACUUGUCUGUUCUUUUCAUCUGACCAGUCAACGUGCAGGAAUGCAGUCGCACAGCCACGCCUUCCUGCCGGAAAACUCAGAAGAACCUGAUAAAGAAAACGACAACUUUGAAGAUCGAGACAGAGACGUCUUGCGAUUUGGGACUGAAGAGAAAGAGCAAGAAAGCAAAGAAGAAAAGGAGAAAAGACAUAGAACAAUUGCCCACUCCUCAACGCGUUCCAACUUUCAAGAUGCCGCUGCCGCCUGCAUGAGGCAAGACAGGUGGGCCGCCUUCAUCAUCACCAAGCCCUGUCUACUGCACUAUGAACUCUCCUGUCCUUUAACCGGCGGCAUGUCUGAAUCUGGUCCAGGUCCUGAAGGCUCUUCCAAAACACUUGUUCCUGUCUGUGAGUGUAUCCGUACGGAAAAUUAGUUGGGCUUCCCAUUCGUACUAAGGUAUUCUGAUCUGUGCCUGCCUUGCUGCUGCAGACUGCAAUUCUCUUGACUCUUGAUCUAUACUGUGUAAACAGAAGGUUCCCUGUGUGGACCCACCCCUGUUCUAAUUUUUCCUGCUUGCUGCAGCCCGUUCAGGACGGGCCGUCUGGGAUUCUGAGGGGGGUGUCUCUCCUCCUUUUUCUUUUCCAUAUUUUUUGUCUUGUUUUUGGUGCAUACGUAGCUGCCGGCG